AAUCAAAUCAGUUUUGGAAGUGCCCCAAUCAAUCCAAUUCGACGAACAAAGUUCAUUUUGGUUAAACUAUAAGUUGCCAGCUGUUGCCAGCCCAUCCCCCCGAGGAGGAACCUUGACAGUUUUUCAACAUCUAGAUAUUAAUUAAUUGGACUGGAAAUUUUUAAAUUAGUCAACGGCUUCCGGCUCGCUCUCCUCCCCAGCGAUAGCUCGAGGGAAGCUUUUUUUUUACUUAUCGCCCCCAGCCGGCUUGGCCAUCAGCGAUAAGACGCAAAACAGGUAGCGUCAUUGCUGUGAUUUCGUUAGCGGGUUGCACGGACACGUAAGACCGACCAAUGGAGGACAUAGUUCCCGAUGUUGUGGAUAGUGUGCCCAAGGGCAUGCUGCAGGUGCUGUAUCCGGGGAAUCUCUUCGUAGAGCAGGGCAACGAGUUGACGCCCACUCAGGUGAAGGAUGAGCCGCGUGUGACCUGGGUAAGCCCCGAGGGGGAGGGAAGCGAGACCCUGCUUACCCUGCUCAUGGUGGAUCCAGAUGCUCCUAGUCGGGAGGAUCCUGAAUUCCGUGAGAUCUUGCACUGGGCUGUGGUCAAUAUUCCAGGAGACGACCCACGCGCUGGUUACAUUCUGGCGGAAUAUGUGGGCUCGGGUCCGCCGCUGAACACUGGACUGCACCGAUACGUAUUCCUGCUCUACCGUCAAAGCCGAAAGAUCGAGGAGACAUUGCCCAUAAUAAAAACCAUUCGCAAGGGACGCCUGAACUUUAGCGCCAGGGAUUUUGCAGCCAAGAACCGAUUGGGCAGUCCGAUUGCAGCCAACUAUUACCAAGCAAAGUACGAUGACUAUGUGCCCAUUCGCAAUAAGCAGUUCACCGGCUAGAUAUUUUUGUUUUUCCAAUCUCAUGCUCUGUUCGUAUAUUCCCUGCGCCGGCUGAAUAAAGUCUACCCACCCAA